GCAUGCGGCUCCGGUUUACCCGACUCUCGGAGCAUGCCACUGCCCCGACCAAGGGGUCCGCGCGGGCCGCGGGCUAUGACCUGUACAGGAGGGGGCUACAGUAAUAGCAACAGUAGCAGCAUUGGCUGGGUGGACCUUAGAGAAUUGGUUCCUCAGCAGUGUCCAUCUCCAGUGAUUCACAGUGAUCGCCUCUCUUCCUCAGCCAGUGAGGUUCAUGGCCACAGCGUGUGCCUAUGAUUAUACAGUACCACCUAUGGAGAAAGCCCUUGUGAAAACCGACAUUCAGAUAGCUCUUCCCUCUGGGUGUUACGGAAGAGUAGCUCCACGUUCUGGCUUGGCUGCAAAACACUUCAUAGAUGUAGGAGCUGGUGUCAUAGAUGAAGAUUAUAGAGGAAAUGUUGGUGUUGUACUGUUUAAUUUCGGCAAAGAAAAGUUUGAAGUCAAAAAGGGUGAUCGAAUUGCACAGCUCAUUUGUGAACGGAUUUUCUAUCCAGAAAUAGAGGAAGUUCAAGUUUUGGAUAUCACUGAAAGGGGUUCAGGAGGUUUUGGUUCUACUGGAAAAAAUUAAAAUUCCAAGAAGAGAAAAUGAGAAAACGUAUUUUUUUCCUAGAGUUUUUGCUUAAAGCAUUUUUGGUGUUUUGUAGUUCUGUAAACUUAAUAGCUUUAACUUGUAAAAAUAUUUGGUUCUCUUAUGAUCAGGAAAAGGGUACCUCUGUUGAGAUCACAGAGAAACAUACUUUUUUGUUUUUCUCUACAUUUGGUGGUUGUAGAAAUCUUUAUGAUGACCUAAUGCAAACAGUUUUUUUAAUCAAAUGUACAUCAUUUACAGAUCCAAAAAAGACUGUAUUAUUUAAUUCACUAAAUGCUACCCCUUCAGCGAGUUAUUUUAAUUGCUUUGUAAAUCAUAAGCAGUGCCUUUCAUUCAGUAAAUCUGAAUUCUGUCACAGAUGCUAAUUAUUGCAUAAACUGAACUAAAAGAUGAUAAAAAGAAGUUAAAGGUACUCUGUUCUUCUCUUCAUUGGUCUAAAACAAUUUUUUUUUCAUUUAAGAUGCUUUGUGAAGGUGGGAAGAGGAGGAUCCUCAGUUUAUUUUUUCAUUUUUCUAGUUUUUUUUUUAAUCCCUUUCGUAGACCCAUGUUUGACUGGGUAGAGGUAUGUUUGUGAAAGGAAAUGUAAUUUGGGAAUUUACAGUUGGUUUGUUCCUCUGAAUUUCAUUCCAUCAAGUAAAUUGUGCAAGUUGUAGUUAUAUGAGUUUCCUUCACUGAAGUAGCAAUAGGCUGUAUCCAAGAAAUAUGCAAGUUAAUAGGGAUAAAAUGGAUGUAAUGAUAGCUUUACACUGGGUUUGUCCAUGGCAGGUCCUUUUGAGUAAAUAUGUUUAAGCAGCAUUUCACUGCAGACGGGGCUGAUUCUGUGGAUUAGCUUGGUUAACAUCUAUUGCAGUCUUCUAGGUGUGCUUUCCUCUCCUGUAUUUCCCAGACCCCUUUGCACCAGGGCUUUGGGUGUCACAAAGGCUUUGUCAAUCAGGCGCUUUAGUGUGAGAUUCCUGAGGCAUCGUUUUUGCGAGUGUGGGUCAUACAGAUUCAGUUCUUCUGGAGUUGGCAGCUCUCUUGGCUGCCCAGUUCCUAGAAGGUCAGGCGAGAGUUUGUUUCUUCUGUCCUCCCAGUGAUUCUCUGGGCCAUUUAUACUCUGCAAUGCAGUAUUUUCCAUCUGUGGGCCACAAUUCAUUAGUGAGUCAUGAAAUCACCUCAGUGGGUCAUAACUAGCGUUUUAAAAAAUUGAAUAGAAGAAACAAGAUAGCACAUGUCAGAUGGGUAAAUGUUGUGAAGAUUGUUUGAAUUACAUGUUUAUGUGUGCAUGUGUGUACUGUUAUGAUAUAAAUUAUUUCUGUGGUGAAUAAAAUUUAAAUAAAUUC